AUGGCUGAUACUGGCAUCAGUACUGGGGCGAAACACGAUUCUGACCUGCGCCGGAGGAAUGUCCCAGAUACUGCCAGACCCCGGACACCUAAGCCAUACACCGCAGAGGAUGUUAAGAAACAAAAGCCACAGUCCACUUCUUUUCUGCAGGUACUAGUAGGUUGGGAGCCUAUCGUGGCCCCCAUCAUCUUCACUGCUCUUGCCCUCUUUACUCGACUAUAUCGUAUUGGUCGUUCCGAUAUUGUGACCUGGGAUGAAGCUCACUUUGGCAAGUUCGGUUCCCAUUACCUGAAGCGCGAGUUCUACUUCGAUGUCCACCCUCCCCUCGGAAAAAUGCUUGUUGGUCUUUCGGGAUAUCUUGCUGGCUAUAACGGGUCUUUUGAAUUCAAGUCAGGUGAAAAAUAUCCCGAAGAUGUUAACUAUACCUUCAUGCGCGCCUUCAAUGCUUUGUUUGGUGCCGUUUGUGUUCCCUUGGCCUACUACACUGCCCGCGAACUGAACUUUCGCAAGGCCACCGUGUGGUUGAUUACCCUGAUGGUUUUAUUUGAGAAUUCGUAUGCCACCAUUUCCCGAUUCAUUCUCCUAGACUCGAUGCUGCUUUGCUUCACCUUUACGACGACGAUGUGCUGGGCUCGAUUCCACCGCCUCCAGCGAAAGAGCUUUUCACUGGAGUGGUAUUUCUGGCUUUGUCUCACUGGGCUCAGCAUUGGAUGCGUCUGUAGCGUGAAGUGGGUCGGGUUCUUCUGCACUGCGAUCGUCGGCAUCUACACCAUCGAGGACCUGUGGAAUAAGUUUGGCGAUUUGAAGAUGCCCCAGACCGUGCUAGCAAAGCACCUUUUUGCUCGUGUUGGAGGUUUAAUUGUCAUUCCAAUUCUGGUAUAUAUGGCCUCCUUCUAUGCGCACUUCCUGGUUCUAUCGAACAGUGGCCCAGGAGAUGCCCAGAUGAGCUCUCUUUUCCAGGCCAACUUGCACGGCACCGAGGUUGGUAGAGAUAGCCCCCUUGAGGUCGCCAUUGGGUCUCGUGUAACUUUGAAGAACAUGGGCUAUGGAGGAGGUCUCCUGCAUUCCCACGUCCAAACGUUCCCCGAGGGUUCAAAUCAGCAGCAGGUGACUUGUUACCACCACAAGGAUGCAAACAAUGACUGGUUUAUCUACCCCAAUCGACAAGAGGCCGAUUAUGAUGCCGAGGCAGAUCUGAGAUUCAUUGGGGACGGAGACACCAUCCGUCUCAUUCACGGACAGACUGGUCGGAACCUGCACUCCCAUGCAAUCCCAGCCCCGGUUUCCAAAUCCCACCACGAAGUUUCAUGUUAUGGAAAUCUCACUAUCGGAGACGAUAAGGACCACUGGAAGGUUGAGGUGGUUGAUGAUGCUGCAUCCCGGGAUCGCUCUCGAAUCCGCACGCUGACAACCGCAUUCCGGCUUCGCCACCCCGUCCUGGGCUGCUAUCUUCGCGCUGGAAAUGUCAACCUACCCCAGUGGGGCUUCAAGCAGAUCGAGACCACCUGUACCAAAGACAAUAAGCCGGGCGAUGUCUACACUCACUGGAACGUGGAGUCGCACACCAACGAGCGGUUGCCCCCCGGAGAUCCUGGCUCUUACAAGUCGCCUUUCCUCAAAGAUUUUAUCCACCUGAACGUGGCUAUGAUGACAUCCAAUAACGCCUUGGUUCCUGACCCAGAUAAGCAAGAUGACCUCGCUUCGAAAUUCUGGCAAUGGCCAAUUCUGAAUGUUGGCCUGCGCAUGUGCUCGUGGGAUGAUAGUGUCAUUAAAUACUUCCUUCUUGGAAAUCCCCUUGUCUACUGGGGCAGUACUGCGAGUCUUGGUGGCUUUGGCCUGCUGUUGGUGUGGUACCUUCUUCGCUGGCAACGAGGCUAUCAAAAGCUCACCCAGGAUGAAAUUGACCAUAUCCACUAUUCUGGCAUCUACCCUGCUAUCGGUUGGGUCUUGCACUAUCUGCCAUUCAUCGUCAUGGCUCGUGUGACUUACGUUCACCAUUACUACCCAGCCCUCUACUAUGGUAUUAUCACAUUCGGAUUCUGUAUUGAUUGGAUCUCUCGCAGCUUGAAUGCACGCGUUGUGGUCGUUCUUUACGCCGCCUUGUAUGCCAUCAUUAUUGGACUUUUCAUCCACUUCCGUGCCAUCGUCUUUGGAAUGGAGGGCCCUCAUCAGCAAUGGGCUUACCUACGCUGGUUGUCUGGCUGGCGAAUUUCGAACUAA